CAGGUGCCGCGUUCCAGUUUGUGUUUGAGUGGUAGAAAAAAAGUCGAAAAGUGUGUACGCGAAAGGAAUUACAUCACUCUGCAGAUUGAUUCAUUUUCAGUGUUCCAUCAAAACAAACGAUUAAAUACACGGUAGCCGCGAUGCUGCUUCAAGUUCUGGCCACCGCCUUUGCCAUCGGCAUCUCAUGGGUAGUGGUAACCGUGUUGCGAAAUAGAGCUACCAUUGCUCGAUUGAAAAAACUCCUCCCGCACUUUGACGCCGUACCGUCCCUGCCCUUGCUGGGCACGUCGUACCACUUUAAAGAUCCCACUCCGGAAGGCAUUUUUGCCACCUUUACCGGGUUCCAUCGUCGUUACGGACGCAAUUUGUUCACCGAGGGUCUGUUCAAUCAACCUGCCAUCCAGAUUACCGACCCCAAGGUAAUCGAGCAGGUGGUGCAAGCGCGUACGAUCGAGAAAACGAUCAUCUACGACUUUAUGGUGCCAUGGCUCGGCACGGGACUAGUCGUGUCCACCGGCGCCAAAUGGGCUCAGCGUAGAAAAAUCAUCACGCCAACGUUUCACUUUAAAAUUCUCGAAGACUUCCUCGUCAUCAUGAACCAUCAGGCGGACGUGUUCAUCGAUAAGCUGACGGCGCAUGCGGGCGGCCCAAAUUUUGAUAUUUACGAAUACGUUACAUACUGCGCACUGGACAUCAUCUCGGAAUCGGCGAUGGGUGUCAAGUUGAACACGCAGCAGCAUCCAAACGCGGAGUACGUUCAGUCUGUUAAAGAGAUCUCGGACAUCAUUUUGAAGCGACUCUUCUCACUUGGCCGUGAGUUUAAGUGGACAUUCCUGUUCACCGAAGCUUACCGGCGGCAGAAGAAGCUACUAAAGGUGGUGCACGGUUUUGCCGAUCGGGUGAUUAGCGAACGUAAGAAGCAACUGGAGGAUGAGCGAGAGCAACAGCGUGCCCAGGAGAAAAUCGAGGAAUCGGACGUGUACGGAAAGCGUCGUAUGACCUUGCUGGAUCUUUUGCUGAACGUCUCGGUCGAAGGCAAACCGUUGUCUAAUAACGACAUCCGGGAGGAGGUUGACACGUUCAUGUUCGCAGGACACGACACAACAACUUCGUGCAUCAGCUUUGCCGCAUACCACCUGUCCCGCAAUCCCGAAAUUCAACAAAAAGCGUACGACGAGAUUCAGGAGCUAGUUGGACCCGAUGCAAAGCGGGCAGAACUUACCUAUGGAACACUGCAAGAGCUAAAGUACCUCGAGAUGAUCAUCAAGGAGACCCUGCGCAUGAAUCCAUCCGUUCCGAUCAUCGGUCGUCGAUCGGUUGGAGAUAUGGUAAUCGAUGGUGCAACAAUUCCAGCCGGCAUCGACUUUGGAAUCAUUAUCUACGCGCUGCAUAAUGAUCCCAAGCUCUAUCCCGAACCGGAACGCUUCGAUCCGGAACGGUUUAGCGACGAUGCCACAGCACAGAGACAACCUUACAGCUACAUACCGUUUAGUGUGGGUUCACGAAACUGUAUCGGUCAGCGGUAUGCAAUGUUGGAAAUCAAAACCAUCCUCGUGAAGCUGCUGGCCAACUAUCGGUUGUUGCCAUGCGAGGAAAGCAAUUCACUUCGCAUCAAAACGGAUAUGACGCUGAAACCCGUAAAAGGAGCAUUUGUGAAAAUUGUUGCUCGGUAAUGAGAUAAUCUGAACGACAGAAGUCAAGAUAAUGAUAACCGGUAAGUGCUAUACAUGUUAAGAGGUGCUCAGCCUUAUCAGUUAGUCAAAAAUGAUCCAGGUGUACUCGAAUGAAUUUGUAAAACGCUAUGUGCUCCCAGUAUUUGAGGAGCAUAUUUUCAUGCAUGACGCAUGCCAAUCAUAUAA